AUGCCAGAGGACUUUCCAGCUAUUGAAGGUGGUGGCUCACUAAUUCUUGCUUGGCAGAUUCGAAAUAAGCGAGUGCUCGUGGUGGGAGGGGGAGAAGUAGCAGCAGGUCGCAUUCUCAACGUCCUUAACGCGGACGCCAAAGUAACCCUCAUAUCCCCUCGCGGUGGCCUCAACCCAGAAGUGGCAUAUCGUAUAGAAAAGGGCCAAGUGGACUACCAUGACCGCAAGUUUGAGCCGUCAGACCUGGACAAUGUCGACAUGGUUCUCACAGCCAUUGACGACCCUGACGCAUCCACCACCAUUUGGAAGUUGUGUAAAGAGAAAAAGGUAGCGGCCAAUAUCGCCGACGUGCCUCCGGAAUGCGACUUCUACUUCGGUAGCGUCCACAGAGAUGGGCCAUUACAGAUCAUGGUGUCUACGAACGGCAACGGACCGAAGCUGGCCAGUAUCGUGCGGAAGCAGAUUGCGAAGAACCUGCCCAAGAAUAUUGGGGCGGCCGUACAGAAAGUUGGUAUGUUGAGGAAGAAGUUGAGGAAAGUGGCGCCAGACAUCGAAGAGGGUCCAAAGAGGAUGGGGUGGAUGAGCAAAGUGUGCGAACAAUGGAGUUUGGAGGAUCUAGUGGAGAUGGAGGAGAAGGAUAUGGAGAAUUUGUUGGGCUUCUACAAGCCUAAUACUGUGCCUACGUUCGAGGAGAUACGGUGCGGCGAUUUGGCCGAUGGCUCUGCGUUUGAUGGGAGUUUUGGGUGGUGGAUAUGA